GUUCGCCUCACUUGGUUGCGUGAGGAUUCGACGAUCCACCGGUCGCCAUCUUUUCGUUUUUUUUUUCAUUGUCCACGACCUUUUUUUGCUCGUUUUAACUUUUUUUGUUCUCUCUUCAGUUCAGGCUGAAAGCGAACACCACCGGUUCGUUGUUGAAGCCACCGGACAGGCGCCCAUCUCUCGCCUGAGAGAUUUUUCUCUUUUUUCCCAAAUCGAAACAAGAAAAAAAAAAAAAAAAAGACAAUAACAGAUCGAGAGAGCCGAGUGUCGUGUGCCCUGUGUGAUUUUUCUGUGUUUUGUGUCUCUUGCGUGCCGGUGUCCGUGUGUGUGUGUGUGUGUGUGUGAGUGUCCAAGUGAUUGAUUGUCGGUGACACCUGAGCUCUCCCUUUUCGAAAAGAAAAGAGGAAAAGAAUCUUUUUAACUCUGAGACUAAAAACCUCGUUGACAUCGACUGUGCCCCCAAAGUUGUGCGAAUUUCGGCAGUGAUUGCCGUCGUGGUGCUAAUCAAGAAGCAGACGACUCUUGGGCUCGCCAUUCCACGUUGUGUCUGUCUCGCACGUGGACCGCAACUCUCUCCGUCAUGAAGAAAUCUGUUGCUCCCCUCAUCGUCCUGGGCCUUUUGCUCGUCAUGGCGCUCAUCGACGCCUCGCAUCCACAGGACGAUAGCGACUUGGUUUUCGAUGAAGACAUUUUAUCAGAUGCUGGAACGUCUUCGCUGGUGGCCAACAGGCGCGUGAAACGUGAACCUCCGCCGUCGUUGGAGGAACGAGGACACGGACGACAUCGUCAGUCGGGCAAUGGCAGCAAAUUGGCGGCCAAAGGCCUUUGGACUGGCCAUCACAAGACGAAGAAAUCGCACCACGAAGAAGACCAGAUGAAGAAACAUCAUGGCGGCCAUCACGUCCUGAAGGCUGGCAAAAAUAAAAUGGAGCGCGCCGAACCGGCCAAGAAGAAGCACACGAAACGAAACAGCAAAGUCAAACCGAUGGCUGUGGAAAUUCUGGCCGAUGACGAAGAUAUGCUGGCCGAUGGAUCGGGCUCAGGAAGUGGCCCGGUUGUUCCUCCACCUCAAAGUGGUAGCACAACUCCCGGCACUCGCAAGGUGUAUCGAUGCUCGUUGCUCAUUCAAGAGCCUUACAACGAAGAGUUGGGCGAUCGAUUCAGCGAUGAUUUCACUGAUGUGUCUGAACGUUUCAAUACGGCCAUUGAACAAAUUUAUCAAACCGUGCCCGGUACUCAGACGGCCACCGUUCAAACAUUCGAGCGGACGAGCCAAUUGUCGCUAACGAAAGUCAACUUUGACGUUGAAUCGCAAGAUUUCGACGAAGAGAAGAUAAUCGAAGAGACGCUGCGUUCGGCCAUCCGAAACGGCCAAGUUGGUUCAUUUUUCGUGGAAAGCGAAGGAUUCACGUUCCGGCCCGUCACUGGGCCGUCGAUUAGUCCCAUAGAUCCCGAAGAUCCCGAACUUACGGAAGAUUGUGACGUUCCAUGUAAAUCGGGUGGCGAAUGCGUUCGUUUAGAUCAGCGUUGUGACGGCACCGAAGAUUGCCAAGACGGAUCGGAUGAGGAUGGAUGCGGGCCGCUAUCUCAACCCGGCCAACCUGAGCCAGAAGAAUUGGAUUGCCGCGGUGACAUCAAAUCGAAAUGCCGAGGAUUGAACAAUCAAUUCUAUUGCGAGGAACAUCAAUGCGAUGGAAUUGUCAAAUGUCCAGAAGGCGACGACGAAGAGAAUUGUCCCAUUUUAGUGACGAGCACCAGCCCUCCGGCUCCACCUCCCACAGCAGCCCCAACCACUCCCACAACAACAACAACAACAACAACAACAACAACAACGACAUUGGCCCCAACAACAACGACAACUACAGAGGCUCCCCUGCCAACUGGUUGCCCUCAGGACCAGUUCAGCUGCGAUGGCCGAUGCCUGCCCUUCACCGUCUUUUGUGAUGGCCGUGCCGAUUGUUUGGAUGGAGGGGAUGAAAGCGAUUGCCCCGUCAUUGAAUGCCAAAGUGGCGAGUUCAAGUGUCGAAACAACCAAUGCAUCUCCAACGAUCAGGUGUGCGACAAGUACGCCGACUGUCCCGAUAAAGAAGACGAAGAAAACUGUUCAUUUGAACCGCCACCUACACCGGCGGUUUGCCAAGGCUUUCAAUGUGCUGAUGGAACGACGUGCCUGAGUGAUGCCUCGCUGCUGUGCGAUAGCCGGGCCGAUUGCCCCGAUUUUUCCGACGAGUUGAAUUGCCCUCAACCACCAGCUCCAGGACCCGAGCCGUGCCAGGCCGGCGAGUUUCAGUGCAAGAGGGACAAGACUUGCAUCGCCAUCGCUCUGCGCUGCGAUGGAAGAGACGACUGUCGGGAUGGUAGCGACGAAAUUGGAUGUCUGUGCAACAAGAACCAAUGGCAAUGCGAUUUCGGCUCGUGCAUCGACGGUCAACUGCGAUGCGAUGGCAAAGUGGACUGCCCAACGGACCAGUCGGACGAGGCCAACUGCCUAGCGACGGAACGGACGACGACGCCUUCGAAUGUGACGCCGACCGAAGCGGCUCCACCGUCUGCGCCGACAGUCGAUGAAUCUACAGGAGCAGGUUCAUCGACCGGCGUUUGUCGUUCGGAUGAAUUCCAGUGCGACGAUCGGUCGUGUGUCGGCAAAGAUUUCCGUUGCGACGGCUACCCCGAUUGCAGCGACGCCAGCGACGAAGAUAAUUGCAGUGAGACGCCACCAUGUCCGUGGACGAACCCGUUCCGCUGCGGCGACGGCUCCUGCAUCGACGCCAACAGUCAACGAUGCAACGGAGUGGCCGAGUGCGCCGACUCGUCCGACGAACUCGACUGCGCUUUUCAAUGCCCUAGCAAUGAGUUCCGCUGCUCGGACGGAACGUGCAUCGACAUCCGGCGAAAGUGCGAUGGCUACCCCGACUGCCGCGACCGAGCGGACGAGGCCAACUGCACUUCUUGUAUGGCCGAUCAGUUCCACUGCUCGUCCAGUGGUUUCUGUAUCCCGUCCAAUCAAAAAUGCGAUGGCAUCGUCGACUGUCCGGAUCGCGAAGAUGAAGUCGGUUGUGCCACACCUCCCCCUCCAGUUUGCACCGAGUAUCAGUUCAGAUGCAGAGACGGGACGUGCUUGGAUUCCCGACGGCGUUGCGACGCUCGUUACGAUUGCCCGGACGAAUCCGAUGAAGAAGAUUGCGAAUGCCGGACGGAUCAGUUCCGUUGCAACAGCGGCCAAUGCAUCGAAGGUUCCAGACGAUGCGAUCGGACCGUCGACUGCCCCGACCGGAGCGACGAAAGCGAUUGCGGUGUUCAAUGCAAAAACGGCGAAUUCAGGUGCGCCAGCGGCAAUCAGUGCGUGCCCUACAGUUUGGUGUGCGACGGCAGUCGAGACUGUCAAGACUUUUCCGACGAGGUCGAAUGCCAAUGGACCAAGUGUCCGGAGGGUGAGUUCUCGUGCGAGAACGGUCCGUGCAUCCCGAUGGAGCGCCGCUGUGACGGCCAAAUCGACUGCCCAGAAUCCAGCGACGAAUUCGACUGUCCAUCCAAAAACGACGAGCUGAAUUUGAAAACUUACCCGGCCGAUCAGACCAUUCUGCAAGGUCGUGAGGUGGUGUUCCAGUGCCGAGAUGAAGGGCCAGCACGAGCGCCAGUUCGAUGGACCCGCGGAAGCGGUAUGGCUCUGCCUCCCUCCACUCGCGACGUCAACGGACGUCUGGAAAUGCCCAACAUUCAACCCGAGCAUACUGGAACGUACAUUUGCGAGGCCAUCGGCUAUCCGGCCACAACUCCCGGAGCCCGCGUCUCCGUCUAUCUCAAAGUGGAAGCAUCUGCUCGUGGAUCGGCUCGCAAUCGGUCGGGAAUUCAAAAUUCCCGGCUCGACUUCCCCUUCGUCAACUCAAAGUUCCAGUCGGAUGUCGAUCGUUUCCUUUUCCCGUCCGAUCACGUUGCCGAACCGACAACACGUCCGCCAACGGCUUGCGGAGUCAACGAGGCCACUUGCACGAAUGGUGAAUGCAUCCCGAAGAAUGCCGUUUGCGAUGGAGAUUUUGACUGUUCCGACCAGUCGGACGAAAUGCGAUGCAGUUUGUUGGGCUGUCAGCCGAACGAAUACCAAUGCGCCAACAAGCGAUGCGUCUUGAAGAACUGGCGAUGCGACGGCGACGAUGAUUGCGGAGAUAAUUCAGACGAACUUUAUUGCAAACCAAGUCCACCAGGAUCCGCGUGCCGUCACGACGAGUUCCAGUGCCAAUCGCAGAACCAGUGCAUCCCGCGCUCUUUCCACUGCGACAUGGAACUCGACUGUCAGGAUCGCAGUGACGAAAUCGGCUGCUCCAAACCGACGAUCCUGAUCCCGCCGCCUCCGAUGGUCAUGAUCAAUUUGGGCACGACGAUCGUUAUCAAUUGCACGGCCGUCGGUGUUCCCACUCCGGAAGUCGUUUGGCGUCUCAACUGGGGUCACGUCCCCUCCAAGUGCACGAUGACGUCAGAAUCGGGUUUCGGCGUCCUCACUUGCACCGACGCCCAAAUCAUCGAUCAGGGCGCCUACAGCUGCGAAGCCAUCAACGCCAAGGGAUCGACGUUCGCCGUGCCGGACUGCAUCGUCGUCGUCAAACCGGCCGCCGAUCUCUGCAUCGAUGAGGAAUUCAACUCGGCCGCCGUUUCGCCGGCCGAUUGCGUCCCGUGCUUCUGUUUCGACCACACCAAAGAGUGCAGUUCCAGCUCGCUUUACGUCUCGCAAUUGCCUCCGCCGACCGACCAGUUCCAGCUGAUCACGCUCCGCACCGACACGAUCCGCUCGUCGUCGAGCGCUCGCCUCUUCUCCUCCAGAGACGCUGGCGCUUCCGGCGCUGCCAAUCGGGUCUACCUCCGCUCACCCAACGCCAACGACGGCAUCCAGGCCUAUAGACGCGAUUUCAAUUCCAGGAGCGAAGUGGCCUAUUUCAAUCUGCCGCCUUCCCACCGCGGAUAUCAGCUCCUCUCUUACGGCGGCCAAAUCAAAUACCGUCUGACCUAUCGCGGUUCCGGUUCCGCCGUCCGCUCACCGGAUGUCAUUUUGCGAGGCAACGGCAUCACCCUGUUCCACGAGAGCCGAGUCCGUCUCGAGGCCAACCAGCCGGCCGAAGUGUCUGUUCGCUUCCUGCCGGAAGAGUGGACCAAGGGACCGGAUUCGCGCGAGCCGGCCAGACGCGAAGAUCUGAUGAUGGUCCUCCAAUCGAUUGAAUAUUUCCUCAUCCGCGCUUCGUAUGUGGAGAGCAGCGUAUUAGACACGACCAUCACCAACAUCCGCAUGGACACGGCCAUUGAACAAGACUACAAUCAGGGACAGGCCGUCUUGGUGGAAGAAUGUCGUUGCCCACGCGGCUACAUCGGCCUAUCUUGCGACUCUUGCGCCCCUGGAUUUGUACGUGAGGAAACCAGUUCCGGCCGUUAUUUGGGCCGCUGUCUUCCGGAAACAUUUUGCGAUUCGACUUACCAAUGGACUUGUCCUAGCGACGGCACCUGCGUCGACGUCAGGCGACGUUGUGACGGUCGUUUGGAUUGUAGCGACAGUAGCGAUGAAAUCAAUUGUCCACCACCUCGACCAUGCGAUCCUAAUUACGAAUGGACGUGUUACGAUGGCAGUUGCAUCGACGUCAGGCGGCACUGCGACGGCCGUUUCGAUUGCCGUGAUCGCAGUGACGAAUUCGAUUGCCCAAUGCAAAUGUGCGAUCCGACAAGCCAAUGGCAAUGCGACGAGCGAUGCAUCGAUGCGAGCAAACGUUGCAAUGGCUACCGCGACUGCUACGAUUACACGGACGAGCUCAACUGUCAAGGCUGCGAUGCCAAAUGGGAAUGGCGUUGCGCCAACAGCCAAUGCAUCAACAGUACUAGAUACUGCGACGGUAACGUCGACUGCCCCGACGGCACCGACGAAGUCUACUGCCCCAUCCAAGGAUGCGACCUGGCCACCAGGUUCCAAUGCGCCAGUGGCGAAUUGUGCUUGGACAAAUCGCUUCGAUGCGAUGGCCAUUUCGACUGCAAAGACCACAGCGACGAGUGCAAUUGUCCAGGAUGCGAAUCGGAUCGCCACUUCCGUUGUGCCGAUGGCACGUGCGUCCAUCUAUCGGAGCGUUGCGACGGUCGCGUCGAUUGCCGAGACGCCACCGACGAAAUCGGUUGCACUUAUACGUGCGAUCCUCACACUCACUGGACUUGUGCCGAUGGUAGUUGCAUAGGCGUACGUCUCUUUAACGACGGUCAUAAAGAUUGCCUCGAUGGCAGUGACGAGUUCAGUUUCAGAGCUCAAUGCAACCUGGCCGGAAUCGUCAACGGAUCGUCUACCACCAGCGGAUGCAUCUGCAAGGAUUUGGUCACCGGCCCGCGAUGCGACCAAUGCAAACCCAACACGUUCACGUUGAACGCCGACAAUCAGGACGGAUGCAUCAACUGUUUCUGUAUGGGCAUCACCAAAACUUGCUCGGCCUCUAAUUGGUACCGUCAACAGAUAAGAACCGUCUUCACGACAGACAUCCAAGGGUUCGGUCUGACUGAUAAGAGCAGACGUGAAAACAUUGUCGAACGUGUCACUGUCAAUUCAGUCAGUCGUGAAAUCGUUUACCGUGAUUUCAACAGGCUGUCCAAUGAGGUGCAUUACUGGAAAGUACCGUCCAAGUUCAUUGGCGAUAAAGUGACAUCUUACGGCGGCUUCCUUAACUACACGGUGCGUUACGUCCCGCAACCGGGCGGCCGCAGCUCUCCCAACAACGCUCCAGACGUGGACAUGAAAGGAAACAACAUUCGAUUGUUGCACUACCGCCGAGAUCCAGUCGAAGCAUCGAGAUCUGUCGCCAUCUCUGUGCCCAUAACUGAACAAUAUUGGCAACGCGAAGAUGGACGUCCAGCCGAUCGUGAACAUUUGCUGAUGGUGCUGGCCGAUUUGGAUUCCAUCCUGAUUAAAGCCACCUACACCACCCGCACCUCUGAAGCCUCGCUCUCUGAAGUGUCGAUGGACAUUGCCGAAGAAAGAAACACUGGACAGACUCGGGCUUACGCCGUCGAGCAGUGUUCCUGCCCGCGAGGCUACAAGGGUCUCUCGUGCGAGGAUUGCGACGCUGGAUACACUCGCUCUGUCCAGGGAGUUUAUUUGGGUCUUUGCGAGCCGUGCAACUGCAACGGCCACUCUAACGAAUGCGAUUCAGACACUGGCGUGUGCGUCAACUGUCGCGAUCACACGACCGGUGAAGAAUGCGAACUUUGCGAAGCCGGGUACACUGGCGAUGCCACAUUAGGCACUUCGAACGAUUGCCGUCCGGAUGGAGGUCGUCCACCGACUUGUUCUUGCGAUCCGCGCGGUUCGCUCCGCCCCGAUUGCGCCGACGGCCGUUCUUGUGCUUGCAAGGCCAAUUGCGAAGGACCUCGUUGCGAUCGCUGCCGUGAAGGAUCGUUUGGUCUGAUGGAACAGAAUCCGCUAGGAUGUUUGAAUUGUUUCUGCUCGGGCGUGGCACGCGAAUGCAAUUCGGCCAAACUUUACCGCUCGCAGGUGACGGUGCAAAUAACCGACAAUCAGCACGGAUUCAUCCUGAGCGAGCGCAACGGAGUCUCAGUCCCUAAUUUGAGGAUCAACAUUGAUCAAAACGAAAUCAGCUACACGUUCUCUUCGACACCGGCCAGAUCGCCGAAACUCUACUGGUCUUUGCCAGCAGAAUUUACUGGCAACAAGGUGACGUCUUACGGCGGUCAAAUUUCCAUCACGCAACGGUACGACGAGCGUCAAGGCGCUGUGGGUCAGCGUUUCACCGACAGUGACGUCAUUUUGACGAGCGGACGAACCUCUUUGGCUUUUAUCAACCCGAAUCAAAUCCGACCCGGCCAGACGGUGACGUACACGGUCCCUCUGAGAGAGACGGGCGGAUGGCGGCGACUCGACACGGGAUUGGCCGUCACGCGCGAAGACAUGAUGCGCGUCCUGUCCGAUCUUCAGACCAUCGAAGUCAGGGCCACGUACAGCUACAGCAUGGCUUACGCCAGCAUCAGCAACGUUGUCAUGGAUACGGCCGUGCCGACCAACAACGGCCAAGAGCAGCCGCGCGAUGUCGAAGAAUGUCGCUGCCCGGAGGGCCACGUUGGAACGUCGUGCGAGCAAUGCGCGCCGGGAUAUUAUCGCGACCGAUCGUCUGGACUGACGGGCCAAUGCCGCCGCUGUCCGUGCAACAGCAACGAGGAGAAUUGCGUCCAGCAGUCGGACAAUCGUGUCGUUUGUAACUGCCGUCGAGGAUUCAGCGGCCGCAAUUGCGAAAUCCAAGGUGGAAUACGAAUGGAACUGGUUCCAAUGAGAGCGCAAGCGACGGCCGGACAAGUGGUCAAUUUCGUCUGCGCCUAUUUCAGCAUGGAACGGCUCGAAAUCGAUAUCCAGCCCAUUGGCCACAAUCACGUUGAUGGCAAAAUGCUUCCAGCGUCGGUCAGCAAGGCGUUUAUGGUCGGCAAGCCGGUCAGUGACGUGCUCAAUCACUUCCCUUGGGGCCACCGACGCUCAUUGUCCCUCCUCAUCGACGCCAGCCAUCGCCAAGUCAAAUGCCGCGUCACCAACACCGAAGGCCUAGUCCUCGGCGAACUGACGGCUCUGAUCCAGCCAGCAGAUGCCGAUCAACAACGGCCCGUGGCCCCACCAGCUCCGGCCAGCCCGACCAUCGUGCUGACCGUGACCGACCCGAGAAUUCAAAUCGCCGAAGUCGGAUCGACGGUCCGCUUCCGUUGCAGUGGGCAAUCGUUAGUCGGCCGGCAAGUGCUUCUUCGCUGGGCCAAGGAAGGCGGUUCGCUUCCGGCCGGUCGCGCUCAAGAUGACCGUCGUGGUGUUCUCAUCAUCACCGACAUCCGCCAUACCGACUCGGGCACUUAUGUCUGCAGCGGCCAGGACGGCAUCAGCGUCGUCACCGAGACGGUCGUCCUCAACGUCGGAGGUCAAAGUCCGAGCCCGCCGCUGGUCUCUGUUGAGCCACGCUACGUCGAGGCGCAGCUUGGACAGAGCAUCGACGUGCGCUGCACAGCCCAAGGCUUCCCUGCGCCCAGCAUUCAGUGGCUGUCUGCCCGCGAAAUUCUCGUCCCGACGACCGACGGAGUGCUCAAAAUCGCCUCGGUUCGCAAAUCGGACGAAGGAGAGUAUACCUGCACUGCUAGCAAUCCUUCCGGAACCAGCACCGGACGAGUCAACAUUUACGUUCGAUCAGAACCUGCGCCACAACCGGAAGAGAAUCCCGUCCAAGUGGUGAUUGCCCCUACGGACACGACAGCCCGUCGCGGCGAAACGAUCCGCCUGGUGUGCCGCGCUGAAGUCGUUGGUGAUCGGGUCGUCCCCGUCAUCCGUUGGACCCGAUCGGAGGGUCCCCUACCCGCCAAUGCCGGCCAAUCGGCUGGCGUCUUGACCAUCCCGAGCGCCUCGCCGUCCGAUUCCGGCAUUUACGUCUGCACCGUCACCACCGUUUCGGGCUACAAGCAGCAAUCGCAGGCCCGCGUCACCGUUUUGGCCUACAGAGGUCCGCCCACUGUCCGUAUCGAGCCAGACAGACAAACCAUCUCCCAGGGCACUUCGGCCGAGCUCAGGUGUCUCGCCGUUGGUGAUCCGUCACCCACCGUCCGCUGGACCAAGGUCGGAGAGGGAUUUACCAAUAACAUCCUGGUCACCGGGCCAGUACUCCGCAUCGUUAACGCCAUGGUCAGCGAUCGAGGAAUGUAUAUUUGCACGGCCGAGAAUCCCGGCGGAGUUGCCCAGGCGUCCGCCAUCGUCGAAGUCGAACGGCGAGAGCCUCCGGCCGUCGAACUCUACCCGCAGACGAAACAGACAGUGGUGCAAGGAGGAAGCGCUCUCUUCCAGUGCAGAGUCACGGCCGGCAUCCCGACGCCCCGCGCCAGAUGGGCCCGCGUCGACGGCCGACCUCUGCCCAAUAACGUCGAAGAGCUGGACGGAGGCGUCAUCCGGUUCAACCGCGUCACUGGCAACGAACAGGGCCAGUACGUUUGCACGGCCGAGAACGACGCCGGAAGCAUCACGGGAGUGGCCACUUUGACGAUCCAGUCGAUUCCCGUCGUCACCAUCAGUCCCAACGCCAACAACGGACCCAUCCGCGUCAAAGAAGGCCAGCGCUUGAGGCUGGAAUGCCGCGCUCAGGGAGAUCCGGCGCCGUCCGUCUCGUGGAGACGACUCCGCACCGGAUUCCUCUUUGACGCCAUCGACGCCAAGGAGACGCAGCAGAUCGCUGUAUACGACAUUACCCGCGUCGGACAAUCGGACGAGGGCACUUACUCUUGCACGGGCCGCAACGACGCCGGAUUGACGGAAGAGCGCAUCCAGAUCGUCGUCGAAGCCUCGAGCGGACGCGGUGACAUCGAAGAGAAUGAAAUCGAAACGGACGGUAGCAGCAACACGGGUGGCGGCAACAUCAUCGGCGACGAUUUCUUCCGUGUCCCCGUCGGCGGAACGGCCGAAAUGCGCUGCGUCCUCACCGGAUCGCAGCAAGGAAUCUACUUGGAUUGGGUGCGCAGCGACGGAGGAAUGCUCCCAGCCGACAAGGAGAUUCGCGACGGUGUUCUCUACAUCCGCAACGUCCAACCGGACGCGGCCGGAGUCUAUUCGUGCGUCGGCAUCAGCUCGCAAGGCACACAGAUUUUUAGCGCCGACAGACGCCUAGAAGUCGUUGCUCCUCCACGCCUUCGAUUGGAACCUCAACGUCAAGUGGUCCGACCGGGUGAUCAGGUGGACAUCCGCUGCGAAGCUUCCGGCGAUCAACCCAUUACCAUCAACUGGAUCAAAAUGGAUGGCGUUCUCCCGCCAGCCGUCCUCGUCAACAACGGCCAAUUACAGUUCCGAGGCAUCGCCGUCUCCGAUGCGGGUCGUUACGUGUGCGCGGCCCGCAACUCUGUCGGCCAAGCCGAGGCCGUGGCUGAAGUCAUCGUCAACGAGGAUCGAGUGGUGAGCGGGACGACUGGAGGCCAGCGCCAGACGGACGUCUACAUCGGUAGCACGGUGGAGUUGAGCUGCAAUUUAGCAGCUGGAACGACUGGCCGCAUCCAAUGGAGCCGCGAUCGAGGCCUCUUGCCUCCGACCGCCUUCAAGACGGCCGAAAACAAACUGGAACUGACGAACGUGCAGCCGAGCGACGCUGGACGUUACCUGUGCGAAGUGACUGGACGACAGGGCACGUCAUCCGAAUACGUUCUUCUCAAUGUCAAAACGGACAAAGCGUCGUGCGCCCAUAGCGAGUUCCAAUGCAAGGACGGCCAGUGCCUCAAGAAUUCGACGCGUUGUAACAACGUAAUCGAUUGCAAAGACAAGUCGGACGAGUUCAACUGUUUUAAAGGAUACAGAUCUCGCAAGAUACGCGGAGCGCCCACGUUGGCCGUCAGUCUCACGCCCAACAAAGAGUCGGUGCGUCGCGGCGACAACUUAGAAGUGCGCUGCCAAGUGACUGGCGAUCCUUCGGCCCUGGUCUCUUGGCGUCGCAUCGGUGGCUCCCUCUCGCGCAACGUCCAAGUGCUCGGCAACCUGCUCAGAGUGACGGAUGUCAAACCGGAGAAUGGCGGCGUGUAUCGCUGUCAGGUGCUCAGCACGGCCGGCACGUUCGAGGAGAAUUACGUCCUCUCUAUAGAAACCGAUAAUGAAAUGCCACACAAUGACGAUGUCGCAGUGGAAACGCGCACCGUGUCCGUCCAGUCGGCCGUCAUGAUGGAAUGCCGCACGGAUUUACGCCAACCCGUCAAAUACACGUGGUCGCGUCAAGGAGGCAUCCUUCCCAAAUCCGCCAGAGUCGAAGGCUCGAAGUUAUCGAUCCCGGAAGUGAGGGCAGAAGAUGCCGGAACGUACGUCUGCACGGCCCGCAAUACCGAAGAGACGAUGGACAUCCCCACGGUUCUCGUGGUGACUGGCGUCGUGCCUUACUUUGCCCAGGCGCCGCUCUCCUACAUGCAGAUGCCGACGCUGCCCAACGCCUACAUGGAAUUCGACAUUGAAAUCUCCUUCAAACCCGAGUCGCCCGACGGCCUCAUCCUCUACAACGGACAGCAGGCGGGCGGAAGCGGCGACUUUAUCUCCUUCGGCCUCAACAACGGAUUCCCCGAGUUCCGUUUCGACGUCGGUGCCGGUCCGGCCAUCAUCAAGUCGGACAAACCGCUGGACAUGGGCAAAUGGCACACGGUGAAACUGGCCCGCAACCGUAAAAACGGCACCAUGACCGUUGACGAUGACGGAACAUUCCACGGAUCGGUCAGCGGCCGCUUCCUCGGACUGGACCUCAUCGAGCCGCUCUACAUCGGUGGCGUUCCCAACAUCCGCUCCAUCCACAAACUGGCCGGUUUCUCCCGCGGUUUCGUCGGCUGCAUCGGCCGUCUAGUCGUCGGAUCCUCUGCCCACGAGCUGGUCCGCGACGCCACCAACAGUCGCGGCAUUACCACCUGCGAAACUUGCGCUCUCAAUCCGUGCGAGAACGGCGGCGUCUGCCAAGAAGCCUACACCGAGCAGGGCUACUCUUGCAUCUGCCCGUCUGGAUUCUCCGGAUUGAACUGCGACAAAAUCGGCGAAACUUGCUACCCAGGUGCGUGCGGUACGGGUCGCUGCGUCAACAUGGCCGGCGGAUUCGACUGUCUCUGUCCGCUCGGCAGAUCGGGCAUGAAUUGUGAAAAGGAGAUUGUCAUCUACGAGCCGGCCUUCUCAGAAGGCUCUUUUGUCGCGUAUCCGACUCCGCCAAAGAACGCGCUCAGAAAAAUGCGCAUGUCGAUGCGGAUCAAGCCGAGGCAAAUUCGAGACUCGUUGCUGGCCUAUUGCGCUCAAACGGAAGAGGGACAGGGCGAUUUUUCGUCGCUGGCCAUCAAAGACAAGCGAGUCGAGUUUCGAUUUGAUUCCGGAUCGGGCCCGGCCAUUUUGAGGAGCGAUCGCGAAAUACGAGCCGGCGAAUGGGUUCAAAUUACGGCCGAUCGCAGCUUCCGAGACGGCGUCUUGUUCGUCAACGACGGGUCAGAGGUGCGCGGCAAAUCGCCCGGCUCGACGCGCGGACUCAACCUCAACACUCGCCUCUUUGUCGGCGGGUGGGAUCGCCAACACGUCCGCCUCAGCCCCGGUGUCAACGUGACGAGCUCCUUUGAUGGCUGUCUGUCGCAGUUUGAAGUCCAAGGAAUGGAACUGGAUCUGGUGAAUUCCGUCAUCGAUUCGGCGAACGUCGAGGAUUGCGGCGGAGCUAGCGCCUGCGAGCGCAAACCUUGUUUCAAUGGCGGCCUGUGCACAGAGACGGGCUCCACCUUGACUGAUUACACCUGUCAGUGCGAGGAAGGUUUCAGCGGAAGGAACUGCGAAAUUGAGGCCGACUUGUGCCAGGUGAUCCGUCCCUGUCAGAAUGGCGGCAGCUGCAUCGGUACUUACAACGCUUAUAAAUGCAACUGUCCCAUGGGAUUCGGCGGAAGCAAUUGCGAACGCAACGUGGAUGUAGCCGAAGAGGCUUUCUUCCAGGGCGAUAGUUACGUCGAGAUUGACAAAGCUCUUUUCCCGCACACGUCGUCCAACACGGUCGAAACGAUCACGGUCGAGUUCUCGACGUUGGAACCCAAUGGCAUUCUCAUGUGGCACGGACAAAAACCCGAAACGAAUAGCCGCGGCCAAGACUUUGUCGCUCUAACAGUGCUGGAUGGCCGAUUAGAGUUUAGCUACGAAUUGGGAUCGGGCCCUGUUCAAAUCAUCACGCCCGUCCGAGUGGAUGACGGUAAACGGCACCGCGUCGUAGCUCGUCGCACGGGUCGUGACGGAACUCUGGAGCUGGACGGAGUCAUCCAAGAGAACGGGCGCAGUCCAGAAGGACCUCAUCAAGUCCUAAACACCAAAGGCAACAUCUACGUCGGAGGUUUACCCAAUGCCGAAGCCAUGACGACCGGUCGUUACAUCCACGGCCUGAAAGGCUGCAUCCAUCACUUGGAGAUCCAAGAUUCAGGAGUCAUCAAUUUCCAACGGGCGGCCCUUUCGGCCAUCAACGUCGUCCCUUGCUCAAGACGCAUGUCGAUGAUGCCCUCCUCUUUAGUUCUCAGUCGAGGCGGAGCUCAUUCGAAUUCCACUCUAGUCGAAACGGGCAACGAGCAUCAUCAAAGUUAUUACACGGCCCAUUCAGACGAAUCGGGCCGACAUUCGAAACAUUACAAAGCGGGCGUGGGUAGUAAAGGAGGAGGCAAAAUUCAAACGGUCAACAACGGCCAACGCGACGUGCUGAGACCGAAAUCUCGAACAGCCGCAUCGUCGUCUCCUUUGGCAGCCGGACGCUCGUCUUUCUAUCGAAUAGCUUUGUCCGUUGUUGUUGUUUGCCAGUUUUUCAUUUUCGUUUGAUUUGGCCAUUUUUUU